GUCUGGAGUCUCUGCACACUGACUUAUCCACAUAGAUUCUGUAAGCAGAGUCUAUCAGCUGACUUGCUCAUCUAUUUGGACCAUGAAGUGGAUGCAAUCACUUCUUGCUUGUUUUCUUUUUCAUCUGUCUCUUUCUCAGUCUCCAAAAGAGCAAUAUGUUCUGCUGGUCCCCAGUGUUCUACAAGAAAGCUCUUUGACUACAGCUUGUGCCCAGCUUUCCAAUCUGACUGAAUCUGUUGUUUUGACUGUCUUCCUCAACUACGGAGAGAUCGUAACCAAAAUAUUUGAAGAGAAUGUUACAGGAGAAAAUUUCUUCAAAUGCACCAGUUUUGAGGUUCCUCGAGCCAGAUCAGACCCACUUGCUUUCAUCACAUUCUCUGCUAAAGGAGCAACUGUCCACUUGGAAGAGAGAAGAUCUGUGGCCAUCAGGCCCAAGGAGAAUGUGGUCUUUGUACAGACAGAUAAACCCAUCUACAAGCCUGCACAGGAUGUGUUGUUUCGAGUUGUGUCUAUGGAUGAUGAUUUGAAGCCUGUUGAGGAAGUGUAUCCAGUGAUCACCCUUACGGAUCCACAUAAUAAUCAGAUACAACAGUGGGUGAAUAAGAAAUCUAAGAAUGGUAUCCUGCAACUCUCCUUCCGGUUAAUUCCAGAGCCCAUCCUGGGAUGGUACACAAUAAUUGUGGAGGUGACCCCUGAAAAGAAAGAAUAUCGCUCCUUCUCAGUGGAAGAAUAUGUACUACCCAAAUUUCAAGUGACUGUGGAUGCACCAGAAACUGUCUUAGUUGUGGACUCUGAAUUCAAAGUUAAUGUCUGUGCCUUAUAUACCUAUGGCAAACCUGUAGAGGGCAACGUUCUCCUCAGAGUGUGCAGAGAAUCUACUUUCUAUGGUGAUUGUAGACAUUUCAAUUCAAUCUGUAAAAAUUUUACUGUUGAGCUGGAGAAAGAUGGCUGCAUGACCCAGCUGAUUAACACAGAUGCUUUUGAAUUCAAUCGGGAAGGGUACCAUAGUUACCUGGAAGUGCAAACUCUUGUCACAGAAAGUGGAACAGGUGUCCAGAUGACAAAAAACAGGAACAUAUUCAUAGAUACAUCAAUGGUGAAAAUGAAUUUUGAGAAUAUGGAUACAUUCUACAAGCAAGGACUCCCUUAUUCAGGCCAAAUUAAGUUGCUUCGUCCUGAUGACUCUCCCAUUCCAAAUGAAGUUAUCCAGUUGCACUUAGGAGACAAAAUUGUGGGCAACUACACCACAGAUACACACGGCAUUGCUCAUUUCUCCUUUGACACAUCUAAGAUCACGUACCCAAACAUCACCUUGAAAGCAACGUACAAGGAUAACAAAAACUGCAAGGCUCAUGGAUGGGUGUUGCCUGAAUACCCUACACCAGAGUAUUUUAUACACAGAUUUUACUCCAGGACUAACAGCUUCCUAAAGAUUGUCCCAGAGAGAGAAGAGCUGAGAUGCAACCAGCAGAAGCAAGUGACAGUGCACUAUCUUGUCAACACAAAAGACCUGGAAGAUAAAACCUAUACAGUGAGCUUCAAUUAUGUGGUGAUUUCAAAAGGUGUAAUCAUUCUUCAUGGACAACAGAAAAUUGAGAUCAAGGCUGAUGCUAUGAAGGGCGUAUUUUCCGUUCCGGUAGAGGUUAGCAUGGCGUUGGCGCCCUCUGCAGUUAUGUUGGUGUAUGGCUUGCAUCCUGAAGGAGAAAUGAUCGCAGACACCACCAGAUUCCAGAUUGAGAAGUGCUUCAAAAAUAAAGUUAACUUAAAUUUUUCUAAAGAAAGAAGUUCCCCGGGAUCCAGCGUCAGUCUGCAAGUCUCCGCUGCUUCAAACUCUCUCUGUGCUCUUCUAGCUUUAGAUCAAAGUGUGUUGCUGCUGAGGGAUUACGGUCAGCUGUCUGCGCAGAGUGUGUAUAAUCAACUAUAUUACAAGCAACUAUAUGGCUAUUAUUUCAAAGGACUUGACUUAGAAGAUGGCCGUAAAGAGCCUUGUCUAGGAAAUGAACAAAUCCUUUAUAAAGGAAUUUAUUAUACGCCUACAUGGGCUGACUUCGGAAAUGAUGCUUAUGACCUUGUGAAGGCAAUGGGAUUAAAGGUUUUUACCAACUCUCAUCUUCGGAAACCAGUGCUGUGCCAGAAUUCAAAACGUCGGAUAAUCUAUGGAGAUAUUUCAACAACUGAAUCUUCAAAAUUACUAGCAGGUUCAGAUGUUGGUGCUGCUGGACUUUAUCAAGAAACUGUGAGGAAAUUAUUUCCUGAAACUUGGGUUUGGAAUCUUAUCACAACUGAUGCCACAGGAGUCGCCAACCUGAGUCUUACUGUUCCUGAUACCAUUACACAGUGGAAGGCCAAUGGCUUCUGCAUGAAUGACAACACUGGAUUUGGCAUCUCCCCGACUGUCACCCUGACAGCCUUUCAGCCCUUCUUUGUGGAAAUCGCCUUACCCUAUUCAGUGGUUCAAGGAGAAUCAUUUAUUCUGAAAGCCAGUGUGUUCAACUAUCUGAACAGAAGUGUCCAGAUUAAUACUGAACUGAAAGCAUCUAAUCUUUAUGAAGCCAAAUUUCUCUCAGCUAAUAAGGAAAAUGAUUAUACAAGGAGCAAUGAGAAAAAAUCUUUGAGCUGGCUGGUUACCCCACAUAAGCUGGGUGUGAUCAACAUCACUAUUACAACGAAAACCCUUCAGAACAGUGACUAUGGGAAAGGAUCAUCCCUUGAUCAGGACAUUGGCUGGAAGGAUACAUUGAUCAAACCAUUGUUGGUAGAGCCCGAAGGUAUUAAAAAGGAGACAACACAGGGAUUGUUUAUUUGCACCAAUGAAUCCACGGUAUCUCAACCAGUAGUGCUCACUUUACCAGAAAAUCUGGUGAAAGAUUCCCUCAGAGCCUAUUGGACUGUUCUUGGAGACAUUCUUGGUUCUACCAUGCAAAACUUACAGAAUUUCCUACAAAUGCCUUUUGGUUGUGCAGAGCAAAAUAUGGCCUUAUUCACUUCCAAUAUUUACAUUUUGGACUAUCUGAAUCAGACUCAACAACUGACAGAAGAGAUAAAAUCCAAAGCUAUUGGGUACUUGACUGCAGGAUAUCAGAAGCAGAUGUCUUAUAAGAAUCAUGAUGGAUCAUAUAGUACUUUUGGAUAUAACGAUGAGCAGAAAAAUACAUGGCUUACAGCAUUUGUAUACAAGUCGUUUGCGCAAGCCCGACGCUAUAUUUAUAUUGAUGACAAAGUACAGUCUCAGACCCUUAUUUGGCUUCUAAGUAUUCAGAAAUCAGAUGGUUGCUUUUCAAAUUUUGGCAAUAAUUUCAACAAUGCUUUGAAGGGAGAAGAAGAUAAUAAAAUCUCUCUCACUGCUUACGUCGUUAAUGCCCUGCUUGAAGCAGGUCACCCAGUCUCAUUUGUAGCAGUUCAAAAGGGUCUUCAAUGCCUAGAGGAUGCAUCUCACAAGGGAGAUUUGACCACAUAUGACCAGGCUCUCUUGACCUACACUUUCACUUUAGUAGGCAAUGAAGACAAAAGAGAAUUCUUCUUCAAUGAGCUGAGAAAAAAGGCAAAGAAAGUAGGUGGCGCAGUCUACUGGGAAGUGAAAGAGUCAUCCUCUUUCUAUAACCACUGGGCUUCCUCUGCAAACAUAGAAACGAACAGUUACAUCCUGCUAGCUUUCCUUUCUAAGCCAGGGCUGACUUCGGAAGAGCUAUCCUACAGUUCGCAGAUAGUGCAAUGGGUGGCAAAGCAGCAAAAUUCCCGCGGAGGUUUCUCCUCCACCAAGGACACCGUGGUUGCUCUCCAAGCUCUGACGCUAUUCCAAACACUCACAUUUUCUAAAAACAGACACAAUUCAGUGCAGAUUUUCUCUGACAGAUCAUUUAAUAGGUCCUUCUUAGUAAAUGAUGAGAAUCGCCUGGUACCACUAGAGAUUUUAAUGCCAGAACCUUCAGGACAGUUCACUGUGAAAGUGAGUGGCAACGGCUGUGUAUACGUACAGGCAACUCUGAGGUACAACAUCCUACUGCCUAAGAAGUCAUCUGGAUUUUCCCUUUCUGUGAAUACAGCCAACGCCAUCUGCAGAGGAUUGUUUCGUACAAAGUUUGACCUUAUUGUCUCAGCCAGUUAUUCUGGAAAACGUGACUCUUCCAAUAUGGCAAUCAUUGAUGUGAAGAUGCUUUCAGGAUAUGUUCCUGACAGAUCAUCAGUUCAGAAGCUUCAAGACGAUGGCAAAGUACAGCGAGUGGAAAUUAAAGCCACCCACGUCUUUUUCUAUCUACAAAAUGUUACUCAAAAGAAAAUCCAGUUUUCAUUCUCCAUUGAACAAGAAGCACUUGUAUCCAACAACAAGCCUGCAUCUAUUCAGCUCUAUGAUUACUAUGCAACUGAUGAAUUUGCAGUUGCAGAAUAUACCACACCGUGCAAUCAGGUGUCCUCUGAAACCUUCUAGUUCUGGGAUAAAGGAAAUGAGAUGAAAAAGAAAAUGGCACUUUGGAACUGUGUGAUGUAUUAAGAGAUUCUGUCCAUUGUUUCAACCUAGAAAAGAUUCAGAAUCCCCAGAAUGCUCAGAACUUCUAGCUCUCUCAUAAACAGCAUUCACCCUCAGUACACCACCACCAGCCCUAUGCUGUCCACAUGACCAUCCUCCCUGGAAUGCCGGUAGCCAUCUUGGGAAGUGCAGAUUAAAUGGAUGCAAGAGCAAAGUUCAACCUAUGAAGACCAGAGCCACUAGACAAAUGCACCUGUGUUCCAGCCUCUUGUCAGGGAGCUCUGAGAAACAAUUCAGAUACCUCUCAUGAUGUCCCCUGGAAAUCAGCUUCCCAUUUUCUCCUGGAUAAGGCCCAGUAACCCCUAACUUAGCUUAUAUUUUCUUAUACAGUCUCCUGAUCUCCCAUUCUUAUUGCCUGAAAUGAAUGAUCUAGAGUCCUCACCUUACCUUUUGCUUUCAGGAGAAGACAACGUAUCACAUCAAUCACUGAAUAAAUAAAAUGUCUUGCUGUAUGUGGAAUCAUCUAAUGCACUGAUAACUUCAUUCUGAUAGGCAUUUUGAAUAAAUUUUCUAGAAACCAUACAAAAGAAAGACUUUCAUAAUAUUUCAAUAUAAACAAAUUUUUAAAUAACUAUUAUUGAGUAAAACCUGACAAUCUGUGUAUCUUAACUUUAAUUUCAAAAUUAAAUUUUCAUUCUUGGUAUAAACACAUCAUGGGAAAACCCAUUCUCCCUCUCUGCCCAUAUUCCAUUAACACUAGGAGGCUCAAUUCUGAAAAUACAUCUAAAGAAUUCCCUUGGAUAUAAAAUAUGUUUCUUAAUUAGAUCAAGCACUCAUCGGUAUAAUUCUAUUGAGCAUAUAUAUAUAUAUAUAUAUAUCUACUAUUUUUAAACACGUGUCUAAAAGUUUAUAGUUAUAUGUUAGUAUUCAGAUUAAAGAAUAAAUUUGUGUUAUUUUCAGGCCCAAAGUGUGAGGCUGUUACAGUAGCAAUGGAAAACUAAUGUACUGUCUCUCAAAUACCUUAAAUUAACUAAGUUCAGAAUUUCAAAUGUCACUCAUGAACUUAAAUUCCCCAUAGCUUCAGUCCAUGACUGCUUGCCCAAAUCACACUAAAGGUACACUAAAGGUACAACAUUCUUCAACGUGUCUUAAUGCAGUUCUAAAUCCUAUUACACUUAUUUCUCCCUGUUAUCUUUUACACCCAUCAGUAACACCUGUCACAAUUGCCUCCAAAAUCUAUAUUAAGGGAGGAAUAUAGCUUUAAUUUCUUAAUUUUCUUGAUUCUCUUGGUGGUUUUCCACUACAUUUCAACUAGCCAUGGAGGCUUUAACUUAUGCAAAAUUUUGCAUGACAUACUGUCUGUCUAGGCCUCAAAAUUACUGUUCUUCAUUUUUCCUCUCUAAUCAUAUUAACUUCUUUCAGUUCUUCUUGUAAUCAAGAGGAGAAAAUCACAUGGCACUCCGUAAAAGGCAAAAAUGUAGAGACAGUAGAGAGAUCAAUGGGUCAAUGUUAAGGAAGGUAAAAGCAACAAGCAGAGAAUAAAUAGACACAAAAUCUUACCAGUGGGACAGUGUUCUGUAAAGCACACAUUUGAGAGAUAUUCUCUCUUUAGAAAAUGUUCAGUGAAUGAUUCUGGAAAAUAAACUUUUGAAAAAAAUGA